AUGGAGCAGCAACACGCCCCCGCAACAGCCGAGGCUGACCACCAACACCCUCACCGGGACGACAACUCCUCCAGCAGCAGCAACAACAAUAACCAAAAGAUCGAAGACCCCCAAAUCCUCUCCCCCGUCUCGACUAACACCGCCGUCCACAAGGAUUCGGCCCUCCCCCCUAUCCCAGAACCAGCCCACGAUACCGUUGCAACACCCACGGCUGGUGGGUUGAAGAGCCGCCUGCAAUUGAGUGCGAACCGCCUACUGUCGCUGGACUUGUUGCGUGGUCUUGCGAUCUUGAUUAUGAUCACUUGUAAUGCCCAGAUGGAUAACGCCUUCUGGAUCGUCACUCACCCCGAGUGGAUUGGAUUCACCAUUGCCGACACUGUGUUCCCAAGCUUCCUGUUCAUCACGGGCUGCACCCUUCCCCUGUCCGUCCGCGCAGAUCCCAACCCAACGCCCGGCAACAAAUACUACCGCAAUCAUGCCCUCCGCAUCCUCAAGCGAUCCCUCAUUAUCUGGGGCCUCGGUGUGAUUCUCAACCUCUACGGCCUCGUCCAGCUCCACGCCCCCGCUGACCAGUUCCGUUGGCCCGGUGUCUUGAACAGAAUUGGAUUCUGCUACUUGGUCGUUGGGUGGAUGCAUCUCUUGGUUUUGGCCAAGGGUCGUAAGGAUGAGAGACCGCUUUCUGUGGGUUACCUCUUCCGGUCAAGCAACAAGGCUGUUGAUACGGUUGACGGUGGGAAGAGAGUGGAGGAGGAAGUUGUCGAGCAUGGGGCGUGGCCUUGGUUUGUCCGUGUCACCUUGCCGUUCUACUUGCCGGUUGUCUGUCUGGUUGUUUGGUUGAUCUGUACUUACAGUGUUCAAGUCGAGGGAUGCCCUUACCGCGCCAUGAUUGAGGACCCCAAGUGCAGUCCUCAGGCCUACUUUGACCUCAAGGUCUUUGGUAAAAACCAUACCUACCGCCACCUGGAGUUUGACCCCGAAGGUUCUCUCUCGACUUUGACCUCGAUCCUCAACGUCUGGUUCGGAUGGUACAUUGGCUGCACGGUCCGCACCCUCAAUGCCCAGGUCAAGCAAGUCACCUCAGACUUCAAGGCCCACCGCGAGACUACCUCUGCUAGUGGUACAGCUGUCAGUGAGGCCCAGGUUCUGGAGGAAGACAUCCUCGAACAAGAGACACUUGUUCGUAUUCACUUGGAACAUUGCAGCACAUGGUUCUGGUACGGCCUCCUCUGGGCUUUUAUUGGUUGGCUCUUCAGUCUCGGUCUCCCUCUGUCCAAGCCCAGUUGGACGGCCACCUUUGCAGUGAUGAGCUCUGGAGUCUCGCAGACGGCGCUCGCGGUCCUGUUCUACAAGUUUGAUGCCCAGCCCAAGGCCGAGCGUCUAAAGAAACUCCACAGAGACCAUCAAGCCUACCUCUCCAACAACCAGCUCUCGCACCACCACCGCCCCCUCCCCCUCGAUUCUGAGCACUCUUCCACCGAUCGCGGCAACUACUCGAGUGCGCUAGCGCUGUACUUCAAAGCGGACCACUUCCUCCGCCACUGGUUCCGUCGUUCCGUCAUUGUCGUCCUGGGCAGUAUGGGUCGCAACGCGAUUCUGAUGUACAUGUGUUCCGAAUUGGUUCAGGGAACUUGUUCCUUGAUCCCCGGAGGGCCUACUGAUCCUGUGACGGGUGAGAAGAGUCCUGACCUGUGCACGUCGGCGUUCCAGCAUACCUGGGGGGCAUUGGAUAUUGGUGGAUGGGCUAGUUUGUUUUAUUCCUUGGGCUUUGCGGCGUUGCAUGUUUUGUUGGCUAUCUACCUCGACCACAAGAAGUGGUACUUCAAGGUCUAA